CGUGUUUCUUUUCCAUUGCACCUCUAUCUCUGUUAUCUCUUUCUCUCUCUUCUAAUCAACCACUCUCUCUCUAUUUUCUUUAGCCCAAAAAUGGUUGAUCAGAAAAGGUUUGCACUGUUUCUUGCAACUCCUGAUUCAGAGUUCGUAAAGAAAGAGUACGGUGGAUACCAUAACGUGUUUGUCUCCACGUUCGGAGACGAAGGAGAGCAUUGGGACUCGUUUAGAGUCGUAGAGGGCGAGUUUCCGGAUGAGAAAGAUCUUGACAAGUACGAUGGUUUCGUUAUUAGCGGAAGCUCUCACGAUUCCUUCGAGAAUGAUCCUUGGAUCCUUAAGCUAUGUGAGAUCGUCAAGAAACUUGAUGAGAUGAAGAAGAAGAUUCUUGGCAUCUGCUUUGGUCACCAGAUCAUAGCCAGAGUAAGAGGAGGGACAGUGGGAAGAGCAAGGAAGGGACCAGAACUUAAGCUUACAGACAUAACCAUCGUGAAGGAUGCGAUUAAACCGGGAAGUUUCUUCGGAAACGAGAUUCCGAAUAGCAUAGCCAUCCUAAAGUUACAUCAGGACGAAGUGUUAGUGUUGCCUGAAUCUGCUAAAGUACUAGCUUAUUCCGAAAAGUACGAGGUGGAGAUGUUCUCCAUUGAGGAUCAUUUAUUCUGUAUUCAAGGACAUCCCGAGUAUAACAAAGAGAUUCUCCACGAGAUCGUUGAUCGUGUUCUUCGUCUUGGCUUCAUCAAGCAAGAUUUUGCGGAUGCGGCAAAGGCCUCGAUGGAGAAUAGGGGAGCAGACAGGAAACUCUUGGAGACGAUUUGCAAGAAUUUCCUCAAAGGCAGAGUUCCAGCUAAUUAAUUAGUUUCACUCCCAAAUUAUCUAUUUGGCUCUUGUUAUAUCUGAGCACUUAUGGAUUUAUCAUCUUGCUGUAUUCUUAUUCAAUAUAUAACCUAUUAUUCUCAUCCUUGUCAGGAAAACAAAAACUCAUAUUAAUCUCAAUAUCACAUUUAUGUGUUGCACCCAUAAGUAAAAUAAUUCAAUAAAAGCUAUAGUUUUUCAUUUCA